AUUGUGAGAUAAAUAAGAAACAAGGAAAUUUUGAAUGUGAAAUUUGCCGUUUGCAUAAUUAAUUGUCACAUGUCAUAAAUGCUGUUGAAUUCAGAUUGAAAUUGACAUGAAAAGAUUAGAAGAGUGGAAAACCCAUGAAAAGUGUUACAAAUUAAGAAGUUAUGGAUGGAGGAAUUAUAAUAUAAACAUGUAAUGUGUUGUGAGUGUGUUUAUACUAAAAUCCAACAUUUAUAAAAUGGAUUACGGAAGCCACGUUUCCUUGGAUUUAUGGAUUUUAAUAAUUUAUAUUUUAGAUAUAACGAAUGGUGGUUUUCAAAGCACAGCAGACGAAAAUACCGCAAGCGUGAACCUCACGACUACUUCAUUUCGUAGCACAUCAACGUCGUCUCCAAUAACCAAAAUAAUAGCAGUCACGUCAAAAGCGACAAAUUAUGAGAUUCUUAGUGAUGAUACCAGUAGUCAAGCAUUGACGCAACCAACAAUAAUAAGUGAACCGUAUUUCGAUGCCCAAACGCCGAGAAACGUGACAGGACUUGUGGGAAAGUCGUCUUAUUUGAGUUGUCGUGUCAGGAAUUUGGGAAAUAAAACCGUUAGUUGGAUUCGUCAUCGAGAUAUUCACAUUCUCACCGUUGGCAGUUACACAUACACAAGUGAUCAGAGGUUUCAAGCGACACAUCACAAAGAAAAUGACGAAUGGACGUUGCAGAUUAAAUGGGCACAAAAGCGUGAUGGUGGAGUUUAUGAAUGUCAGAUCUCAACGCAACCUGUUCGCAGUUAUUUUGUAAAUUUGAACAUUGUCGUUCCCACAGCGACAAUAUUGGGUGGACCGGACUUGCACUUCGACAAAGGUUCGACAAUAAAUUUGACGUGCACUAUCAAAUAUAGUCCCGAGCCACCAGCUUAUAUAUUUUGGUAUCAUCAUGAUGAGGUGAUUAGUUAUGAUAGUCAACGAGGCGGUGUAAGUGUAAUUACCGAGAAGGGAGACAUCACGACCUCUUAUUUGCUCAUUCAGAAUGCUGAUUUAGCUGAUUCCGGCCGCUACUCAUGUUCACCAUCCAACGCUGAUGUUGCGAGCGUUCUUCGCGCUUUAAUUUCAGGUGAACAUCCUGAGGCAAUGCAAACGGGUUCAUGUGGAAAAUCUCCAAGCUAUUACAUAAUAAUAAGUCUCAUGUUAUUAAUAAUAUUAUCCAACAUCGCACACAAAGAGUUGUUUCUCUCUUUGCCUAAAUCAUCGCUGGAGUUGAAACCAUCGCAUCGUUACUCGCAUGCUCAAAAAUCAUCCACAAUAUCACCAAGAAAAUAUGGUUUGUCAUCAACAGCAUUUCUCAUUAAUUUUAAAUUAGAAUCUACAGAAGGUGUUGGCAAACAGUAUCAAAGUAUAUUCACUCAUCCAGAGAGCUGACUCACAAAGGUUCAUAAACAAUGUUGGAGGAAUGAUUCUAGCUAGUCGUCUACAGUGAAGAAAUUCAUGAGUAGAUUUUUCAUUUUGUAAUUGAAAGCUCACGAUGAGAAAAAGCGAAUCAUAUACAAAAGUAGGAGGCGAAUCAUUUGUUGAAAAGUUGUGAAAAGCAACAAAGCAAAACAAUAAAUCAAAAGCAAAGAAAAG